GGAGUGGCGGAGAAAAGAAUGCACAGAAACGGACGAGCGAACUGACUGUGGGAGAGAACGACCGAUUCAAAUCUGACAGAAGCUGGAGGAGAUUCGAAGGCUUUUUAAAAACUGCUUUUCUCUGACCUUUAUGGUUUAAGUACAAGAACCUAGAAUUGUAAUAACAGUUGUUCUCGCUAUUAGUGCAGUGCACUGCUUACUGUUUAAUUUUUAGUGGAUAAUUACAGCUGUUUUUUUGGUCAUUAGUUAAUUGUAUUAAUACUCAAUGAAUGAGGGUUGCUCAGUACAGUACUGAAUUAGAUUGGGCUGCUUGGUUACGCAGCACUAUAUACAUGUAUAUAUCUUGUUUCGUAUUUUAGUUCAAACUGAGGCUGGUCUCACGUUGUAGGGUUCAUGGCUAGUUUGCUGUACUACGUCCUCCCUGCCCUGGGUGGCUAUGCGCUUACCUCCGUCUACCUGCUGAAGAACCCGCACAUCUUGCACAAGAGAAAAUGCACAGCCUUCUACUGCCGACACAUCUCUCACAGAGGGGGUUUGUUUCCUGUUUUUCAGGAUCUGGGGAGAAGAUAGAAAGCACAAUGGAGGCUUUUACACAUGCCAUAGAGGAAGGCACAGAUAUGCUCGAGCUCGACUGUCACUUGACCCGGGACGGUCAUGUGAUCGUGUCACAUGAUGAGAACCUUUUGCGACAGACUGGACACGACGUCACAAUCUCAUCCGUAAACCUAGAGGAAUUACCGCUCUAUAAAGAAAGACUGGAGGUCACAUUCUAUGAAGGCCACUACAGCACCGGACAGGACCGGAAGUUCGCCUUGCUGGAGGACGUUUUCAAGAAGUUCCCCAGGGUGCCGAUCAACAUCGAGAUCAAAGAGGACAACUGCCCGCUCAUCAAAAAGGUGUCUGCACUUGUGAAGCAGUACGGCAGAGAUGACAUCACUGUUUGGGCCAGCGUCCAGUCUGACAUCAUGAAGAAAUGCCGGAGAGAGAACCCUUCCAUGCCCUACAUGUUCUCAAAGUCCCGGGGCCUGCAGCUGCUCCUGCUCUACUAUACUGGCCUGCUGCCUUUCGUGCCCCUCAGAGAGAGCUUCCUCCAGUUUUACUACAUCCCCAUCAUCAACCGAACGUUUAUACCCCCAUCUACUCUACUGAGGAACAAGAUGAUUCUUUUUAUCCUUGAUAAAGUAACUAUGAGGAAAGGUCUGUUUAAACACUUGACUGACCGAGGCAUUCAGGUGCACCUCUUUGUUUGUAACGAGGAGAGAGACAUGGAGGGAGCAUUUGCUCUGGGGGCCACCGGAGUCAUGACUGAUUACCCCGCCCUGCUCUCCAAGUACCUUAGUGCAAACCCUCCCACUGCUCCCCCUUGCAAGCAGUAGACCCUUCUCCUCUCUUUCUGCCAAGAUUUGCCCAGCUUUGUUGGCCAAUAGAAAAGCUGCUGUAGGAUUUUUGAGGGCCCAGCCUAGCUUUAUUUCCCCACAGUAACAGCUCACCAGUGCUUUCUGUAUCUGCGAAAUGCGAAAUGGAGAUUCCCGCUGCUCACCCUGGAGCAUCCUCUCAUAUCGGAAAGCUCUAAAUGUGCUUUUGCGUGAUCACGUUUUUUUCUAUCCUGGUUGAACAUCCUGCUUGCUCACUGCUAUAAAAUCAUAUUCUUUAUGACCAUAUGGGAACCAAUACAGAUAUUGAUAAACAUGAGAUUGUGAAGUUAUUCUAUGCCACUUGUAACGCCUCAUGGUUUAAUAAACUGUAGAAUGUAUUGAA